GCCUUCUUCUACACUCUAUGUUGAAUACUACAUUUCCAUACAAUCCUGUUACCUGUAAUCCUUGAGCUCAAUCGAUUCGGAACGCUACUAUCGCCGUUCGUUACGAUUUUUGGAAAUAUCGUAACAAACGUUUCUUUGCACAAGAUCCACUAGGAAUUGUACCUAGACUAUUUAAUAAAUUCAAGGCUUUCUGGUGUGUGACGGACACAGCCGCUUGCCACUACAGAAUAUGGCUCGUUUUGAAGAUGUCGUGUUAAAACUCAGAACAUGGGCAUUCCCUUCAGAAGAGAACAAUGGAAGCGAUGAAAAAUUGCUCGCUAGCACAACCUCAUCAUCUGUGGCAUCAAUAGAUGAAGAAGAUUCCUCUUCAUCCGAAGAAGAGACAAGGAAUCAAACUCAUCAUAGAAUCUUUUUCAUCUCCAGCAUCCUCGCCAUCCUCGUCCUGGGAGCUGUGACUCUUACUACUCUUCUUGUAGACAGCCACAGUGGUGUUGUACCAAAUACUCCCCCGCCUCCCUCUCAAGGCGGCUCCCAAGUGGUCGCCCACUGCGGUAUCUCAGCGCAUGAAGCUAUGGAGCGAGGCUGCCUAUGGGACAUCAUGUCAUUCGGCUGGAUUCACCCUCUCUGUUUCGACAAGGAAGAAUCCGAUCGUUGGGCGGCAAAGUACGGACCAUUCGACUGGUACGUUGAUGACGGACAGGCAGUAGAUGAAAAGGAACAACCUGUCAAUGGAACCCUGACGCAGCCGUUGAGUUUGGAUGAGAUUCCUUUCGCACAAUCGGUCUGGACAACUCAAGGGUACCAUAUCAUGCAUUGCUUGUAUCUGUUAAAGAUGGUCCAUGUGGCGGCAUUGAAUAGUGAUCCGGUAAGUAAUGAGGCUGUGAACCUAGGGCACACGGAUCAUUGCGUAGGGUUAAUUGGAAAUACUGAUUUGAUUGAGUACGAUGCAAUCACCACACCAGUGCGGUUGCUUUUUGUACAAUGUGUUACCCUUCAAUGACGAGGAAUAUAAAUUCGGCUGGAAAGUAAAUGUAUUUAAAAAAAAAAUUAGUUCCGAAUGAAGUAGAACAUCAGCAAUGGGGUCAAUUUAAAGUUGUUAGUAAUCGUUAUUCAUCAACUUUUAAUUAACUACUCAAAAUACUUAAAGUAGUAAUAAGAAUACUUAAGAACUCA